AUGAAGCUCCAAUUCGUCUUUGCUGUAUUGGUAGCCACUCUCGCCAGUGCUCGCGUGGUAGUGUCUCCGUGCCCAUUACCUGAACACGUCACCCAUGUCAACUUCACUCUCGUCGAUGCUGCCUCUGUUAACUCAAACUCUUCCUCCAAAGCUCAUACUUUUGCCGAACCAACCAAGUUCGAAAAGUCUGCUGAAAUCGGACGUACGCUCGAUGCGGCCAUGAAGUCCAAAGACAGCAUCGCCCGGUGGUUCUUCAAGGACUUUCCCAACUUUCAAGAGACAUGUCAAAGUCCCUUUGAUGGCGAUGGGCGGGAGGAUCUGGCAAGGUGGGGCUUCGACGACAGCGAGAAGUUGAGGAAAGAGGUUGAAAAAGAGUGUGACUUUGACGCGUAUCAUGGUAUCAAGCCUGCCUUUGAUGAGCUAGGCUUGGACACCAAGGCAGAGAAAGACGGUGGGCCGAACAAAUGUUUCAAGAUCAAUCAUCGUGACGGUCCUGCUAUCAAAAGGCUCCCGGAUGGUUCUCUCCCUCUUGAGUCAAACCAGUACUACGAUGUGUGCGGUAAGGAGUAUAGGGCAAGUGCAACAGGUGCUACAUACGAGUUCGCUGUUAAUCCAAACGGACUCGUCGUCCUCAUGAACAUCAUGAGCUUGAGUUUCUGCGCCGAAAAAUUCACCUGGUUCCGAAAACCACUCCCCGAAGAGCUACCUCAUAUUGGUACACCCUCGGAUAUAGCAUGGGCUGUCUGGAACCGAGCUGGUGCCUCCAACAUUGCUGAUGUCAAGUACCUCCUUGUGACACAGAUCAUGAACCCAACUUCUCGAGAUAUGAUCAGAACAGCGCUUGGAACACUGCAGCCUCCUCAGAGUGAGACCAAAGUCUGGCCAGGCAGUGACUUUACCAUGGAUACGGUUGGGGGCAGAGCAAUCUUGGGGUCACCGAUUGGACGAUGGGUCGGAUACUUCCUCUUACAGCACAAGAAACAACUCGGUGGCAAUCGAUUCAUUUCAAAGAUCAGAGUCUUUCGGCCCAGUACCGCUUCUCUUCCAUAUCUCGUCUUCUAUGUCGAUCCCACGCCAGCUGGCCCUGGUUCAGCUGCGGAGGUAGUACCUCGUGAACUAGUAGAACUCGAUGGCAGCCUUGAGAGAAUCGGAGAGUCUGAUGGUACGAACUCAUCGCAUAUUGUAAAAAAGAGUGCUGAUGGGAAGCACGUGGUGCGGGAGCAUAUCUUCCAUGGUGGGACUUGGGCAACGAAGUCCGAGGAAGAUGUCAUGAACUUUGGCUUCUGA